CAUUUGGUCUACCGGUUCCGACGAGUGAGCCCGCAUAUUCGACAUCUCUCUUAAAGGGUUGUUGCCUGUGUAAUCUAGCGAUUUUUGGUACUUUUAUAUUUACCCAUUUGGGAUAUCAAAUUAGAAUAGCGAUAUAAAAAUGCGUGAAAUUGUUCAUAUCCAAGUUGGCCAGUGUGGAAAUCAAAUAGGAUCUAAGUUCUGGGAAGUAGUUUCAGACGAGCAUGGAAUUGAUCCAACAGGAACGUACCAUGGGGACUCAGAUCUCCAGCUUGAACGAAUUAAUGUAUAUUACAGUGAAGGCACAGGCGGCAAGUACGUACCAAGAGCAGUUCUUGUGGAUCUUGAACCAGGAACCAUGGACUCAGUUCGCUCCGGUCCUUUAGGUGGCAAUUUCAAACCAGACAACUUUGUGUUCGGCAGAAGUGGUGCCGGAAAUAACUGGGCCAAAGGGCACUACACCGAAGGCGCUGAGCUGGUGGAGAACGUCAUCGAAGUUGUUAGGAAAGAAACCGAAAACUGCGACUGUAUUCAAGGCUUCCAGUUGACACACUCUCUAGGUGGUGGAACUGGAUCUGGAAUGGGAACACUUCUAACCAAUAAGAUUCGAGAAGAAUACCCCGAUAGAAUCAUGAGCACCUUUAGUGUCGUUCCUUCACCGAAAGUGUCUAAUACUGUAGUGGAGCCGUACAAUGCCACGCUCUCUGUCCACCAACUUCUAGAAAACACCGACCAAACAUAUUGCAUUGAUAACGAGGCUCUUUAUGACAUCUGUUUCCGUACCUUGAAGCUAGCAACACCUACCUAUGGAGACCUGAAUCAUCUUGUGUCGGCCACCAUGAGCGGUGUAACGACAUGCUUGCGAUUCCCAGGUCAACUUAAUGCUGAUCUUCGAAAGUUAGCAGUCAAUAUGGUACCAUUCCCACGUCUGCAUUUUUUCAUGCCAGGCUUUGCACCUUUGACUAGUCGUGGCAGUCAGCAGUACCGUGCGCUGACAGUUGCAGAGCUAACACAGCAAAUGUUUGACUCUAAAAACAUGAUGGCAGCAUGCGACCCCAGACAUGGUAGAUAUCUGACAGCUGCUGCUAUCUUCCGAGGACGCAUGUCUAUGAAAGAGGUUGACGAGCAAGUUAUGAACAUUCAGAAUCGAAACUCUAGUUAUUUCGUUGAAUGGAUCCCCAAUAACGUCAAGACGGCUGCCUGUGACAUAGCACCAAGAGGUCUUAAGAUGUCAGUUACGUUUAUCGGUAACAACACCGCUAUCCAAGAGUUAUUCAAGAGAAUUUCUGAGCAAUUCACCGCGAUGUUCCGUCGUAAGGCGUUCCUUCAUUGGUAUACAGGAGAGGGCAUGGAUGAGAUGGAGUUUACAGAAGCUGAGAGUAACAUGAACGAUCUUGUUUCUGAACUACAACAGUACCAGGACGCCCUGAUCGAUGAUGUCGCAGAACCUUUUGAGGAAGAGGAUGCGGGCGAGGAAGAUUAUUAGAACUCUAAAUGUUACAUAAUGCCACAUGCUUAGAUAAGCGUUCUUAGGAUACACUGAUAUAGCAAAUAUUUUGUGGUUUAUUGGAAACAAUGUAAUUUAUUAGAACAAACACAAAAAGAUGUAGCCCUAAUUCCGUUCUUGAUUUUUAAAAAUUUUAUCCUAUUAUAGUAUUGGGAGUAGGAGGAAUAAUACGAAUUCAAUCAACUCAAUUUUACUAGUAAUCUUCUAUUAGAAUUAGUUUUUUUUUCACAUAAUAAUGAAUGAAUAAUUCUAUGUUCACCUUCUCAGAACACCUUUUAAUUUUAUGACCGCAACACGAAAACUAAAACAUUGAAAUGACAAUAAUACAUAGUCCAGUAUAUGUGGUAAUGAAAUUAUUAUAAUUUUAAAACACCAUAAGCCAAUCAAGGUCAUAUUUAAGUGGCCGACGGCUGACCACGUGCACCUGUUACUUUGGUGAUAUAUUAUUGUUUACAUUGUAUAGUCAGCACACUGAUUAUUGUUAUUUAGCAUUGAUAUUACGGAUAAAAAUAAUGAUAUGGCAUGAUCUACCGGCAUAAUAAAUUCUGUAUUGUUCCAUUUU